CAACCGAUUGCCAACAAAACGGAACAAUUGGAAGCAGCGGCUGCCCAGCAAUUCAGCACUUAUUCUAAUAAAGCUAAAGAAACCGCGUAUAAGCCAAUUGAUUACUAUAAUAAGCAAGAAGCCUUUUAUCGGGGAUUGUUUUGGAUAUGUGUUUUACCAUUAGAAGCCAGUAGAGAGCAAGCAGAAAUUAAAGAAUUAGCAAACCAAUUAAAACAUUACCAAACUCUUUAUCAAAAACGAGUAGCCCAAGAUUUAGAUGCUAACCAAUUACAAUCAGAAAUUCAAGCCUUAAACCAGGCUCUCCAAGAAAAACAGAAACUAACUAAAUAUCAGGCCAUGUUAGAACAAAAAAUAGAGGAUUUAGGUAAGCAAUUAAUUUUUACCGCAAGACAGAAAAUUAAAGGCAAAAAAGCAGCUGAGGAGUUAGGACAAUUAGCCCAAACUGAGCAAAAAGAAACCGAACUUAAUAGCUUAAUUCAACAAAAAGAGCAAGAACUAGCUCAGCAGACUAGACAAAUUAAGGAAUUAGAACAAGAGUACCAAGAAGAAAAAAAAGAAUUAGCCAGCUUUAAAAACCAGUUUGUUCAUUUCCAAAAAGUUCAUCAGCAGCAAGUUUUGGCAGACUUAGCCCAAGAACUAACCCACCAAGACCAAACCAUUAAAGAAUUAGAGCAAUUAUUACA